AUGAAUUCAGUGGUUUUUUAAAACAAAAAGUGGGGAAAUCAUUAGAAGAGUUAAGUGGAUAACCUUCAAGCAUAAAAAUCAUCGCUUCUAUGGACAGAAAAAUAUGCCCCAGAAAGUGUUGAGUAAAUUAUUGGAAAUUAAAAAAGUAUUCUAAGUAUUAUGGAAUGGUUAAAAAAUUGGGAAGAUACAGUUUUACAUAAAAAGCCUACCUAAAACCAAACAAAAAAACCUUAUUAAAUGUAUAAUAAAUCAUCUGUACCUCCUCCAAAUCCUUCAGCGAGAGCUUGUUUAUUAAGUGGACCUCCUGGAGUAGGCAAAACAACAUCGAUAAGGUUAAUAACUGCAUUUAUGGGUUAUGAGUUAUUAGAAUGGAAUGCCUCAGAUGUCCGAAAUAAGAAAAAAGUAGAAUAGUUAUUUGAUGAAUUAAAAAGUAAUACUCAAGUAUUAAGCUUUUCAGGAAAAAUGAAAAAAGUUGCAGUUUUAAUGGAUGAAAUCGAUGGAAUGUCUGGAGGAGAUAGAGGAGGAAUUUAAGCCAUAAUAAAAUUAAUUAAAGAAAGUAAGUCUCCUAUUUUUUGUAUUUGCAAUGAUCGAAUGCAUCCCAAAAUAAGAUCUUUAGCAAAUAGUUGCUAUGAUGUGAAAUUUUUUAAUGUCUAAAGUUAAGAUGUGGCUAAACAUGUUUUAUAAAUAUAAAAAGAAGUUAAAUUUGAUAAAAAUCUUGAUGAUGUAAUUCUUGAAGAUGCUGAAGACGAAGGUGAGGAAGAAAAUGGUGAAAGCAAUUAAAAUUAAAAAGAAGAUGAAAAAAGUGAUUUAUUGGUAGUAUUAAAAAAAAGUUAAGGAAAAAGUUUAAAAAGUAAAAAAGGAAUAUAAAAGGGUUAAACUAAUAAAAAAGCAGUCGGUUAGCCUAAGAAAUAUAAAAUAAAAUUAAGUUCGGGUGAAUCAAGUUUAGAAGAUAACGAAUAAUCUAGUUUAAGUGGAUUUGUUGUUGAAGAUUGA